GCUUCCAUUCUUGUUUUCUCUCAUUGAAAUUAUGAAUUUGGAAACUAAUCAUGGAGUGUCUAGAUUGUCUGCUAUAUUACCAAGUGCGCUGAAGGAAAAGCUGCUGCCACUGUUGAUGACCACUCUAGUUCCAUCGCACUACGAGGAUGAUCCAUGGCUGGUCGCGGACGAUCACCUGCGAGGACGAUUCAUGGCCGGUUGGGGAUGGUCAGUUCCAUCACACUGCGAGGAGAUGAUUCAUGGCCGGUCGGGGAUGGUCACCUGCGCCCGAAGGCCAACCUUAAUACUGGACCUCGAGAGGGGCAUCUGGCCAACCAUGCCGGAGGAUGCAGAGGAGUUGUUUGGGAAUGUUAUCAUCAGAGGACUCAAGAAGUAG